CAUCGAAUGAAAUCAUUUGAGGUUAUGUUGUUUUUUCCAUAUAUUCUCAUAUACACUCAGGUUGUGUUACGUCUCUUGGAGAAAAAAUUCAAAUGUUCACGAUUUUAUAGACAAGAAAAAUAAAUUUUAUUUGUUGCUUUUUUCAUUUUAUGUUCCGUAGCAUUCAGCACAGAAUUCUGCUGCGUUUGACAGCUAUACAUACAUCGUCGACAGCAGUAGCAGCAGUUUGUAAUCGAACAUCAAUCAUGGCGGGUGUUGUUGUUGAUAAAAAAUUUCCAGGUGAUUUCUUAGUGCCAAAACAUGAAACGGGUGUUAUUCAAUUCCUAAAGAAGUAUCCCAACUACAAUGGUGACGGUGUAACAAUUGCCAUUUUGGAUUCGGGCGUUGAUCCAAAAGCGAAUGGUUUAGAGAAAACUCCUGAUGGAUCGGUGAAAGUGAUUGAACGCUUUGACUGUUCCGGAUGCGGUGACGUUGACACUACCAAAAAGGUUUCACCAACUCCAGAUGGAACAAUCGUUGGUCUAUCUGGACGAACAAUCAAGUUAUCUGAUGCCAUUAUACGAGAGAAUACGGGCUCGGAAUAUCGUAUUGGUUUGAAAAGUUUCCACGAUCUCUAUCCGUCGAAAGUCAAUGAAAAAAUUAAUACCGAUGCAAAAUUCAAGACAUGGGAUGCCAAACACAAAACAGCCGUAGCAGAAACAUCCAGGCGUUUGAGCGAGUUUGAUGCGGCAAAUACUCCAACCCAAAACCUCUCAGCGGCUGACAAACUGGUCAAAGAAGAUAUUGACAGCACGCUCGAGUACCUACAAAUGUUGGACAAGCAAUACAAUGAUGUGAAAACCUUCUACGAUAUUCUUUUGUAUCAAACGAAUAACGGUUGGCGGUGUGCUAUUGAUGUCGCAUUAGACGGCAAUUUGGGAAAUGCCAUUUCACUAGGCGAAUACAGUAAAACACAUGAAAUCAAAAGUAUUGACGAUUUUCUAUCGGUUUCGAUGAAUGUACACGACGAUGGAAACGUAUUGGAAAUUGUCGGAAUGUGUUCGAGCCAUGGAACACAUGUCGCUUCAAUCGCUGCAGGUAAUCACAAAUCAACUGGCUUCGAAGAACUGGAUGGAGUGGCUCCGGGCGCUAAAAUCGUCUCACUCACAAUUGGCGAUGGUCGAUUGGGGUCAAUGGAAACGGGAACAGCAAUUGUUCGUGCCUUGAUGAAAAUCAUGGAAUUAUGCAAUGCUGGAAGACGCGUUCAUUUGAUUAACAUGAGCUAUGGUGAAUUUACACAUUGGUCGAACUCUGGUCGUAUCGGAGAAAUUAUGAAUGAAAUCGUCAAUGAUUAUGGUGUUGUUUGGGUUGCAUCAGCCGGAAAUCAUGGGCCAGCUCUGUGUACCAUCGGAACGCCGCCCGACAUUUCUCAACCGGCUUGUAUUGGUGUCGGAGCAUAUGUAUCGCCUGAAAUGAUGGAAGCUGAAUAUUCACUCCGCGAAAAACUGCCAGGAAAUGUAUACACAUGGACUUCAAGAGAUCCUUGUAUCGACGGUGGUGAAGGUGUAACAGUUUGUGCACCAGGUGCUGCCAUUGCCAGCGUUCCACAGUUCACACUCAAUCACCAACAGCUGAUGAACGGAACGAGUAUGUCAGCUCCGCAUGUGUGUGGUGCCAUUGCAUUGUUGAUCUCAGGGUUACUGAAGAAUAAAAUUGACUACUCGCCAUAUAGUAUUAAGCGUGCGGUUUGGAACACUGCCACUCGACUGUCACACGUCGAUAAAUUUGCUCAAGGCAACGGUUUACUAAACGUUGAAGUGGCCUACGACAAUUUAGUCAAAUACCAUGACCGCUCUGAACGAGAUGUUCGAUUUUCAAUCGGUGUCGGUUCGCAAAACGCCAAGGGAAUCCAUUUGCGACGCGAUGUACUGAAUAAACCUGAAGAAUUUAAUGUUACUAUUCAACCAGUUUUCCUUAUGGAUAAAAAAUACGCUUCAAAAGCAAAAAUUGAAUUUAAUAAACGGUUGACACUCAUUCCUUCCGAGUCAUGGAUUCAAUGCGGCUCAUUUUUGGAUUUGUGUUAUUCAGCUCGAUCCAUUGUUGUUAAGGUCGAUCCAACUGGACUGUCGCCUGGUGUUCACACUGGCAGAAUCCGUGCUUACGAGAGUGAUGACGUUGACAAAGGAACCGUCUUCGAAAUCCCAGUCACGGUUGUACAACCAAUUGUUCUGGAUCCCAAAUCCAAUUGGCACCACACCUUUGAAGAGGUUGUAUGCAAACCAAACACCAUUUUACGUCAUUUCAUUUUGGUACCAAACAAUGCAUCCUGGGCUGUGGUACGAUUACGUUCAAAUGAUACGGUAAAAUCGACGCAAGCGAAAUUUUUGGUGCAUACAAUGCAAAUUAUUCCACAAAAAUUCUGCAAAACGUAUGAUACUCAGAAGAUUCUGCCGGUUUCAUCUGAAAAUGACACCGUUCAUCAUUUCCGUGUCGAGCAAAAUAACGUCCUUGAAGUGUGCAUUGCAAAGUAUUGGUCAAACUUCGGUACAACAACGCUGAAUGCAAGCAUUGAGUUCCAUGGUGUUCGCACCAAUUUGCCAAAUACGAUGGUACAUGGUGCAAGCGGUGUACAUCGCAUGGAUUUAACCUCAUUAGCUCGUGAAGAAUUGGUGCCGUCAAUUCAAUUAAAAACCGCAUCAAUGGUAUUAAAACCGACGGAAGCAAAGAUUUCACCAUUGACCAGUCGCGAUAUUCUGCCACACGGUCGACAAAUCUACCAGAAUUUGCUGACAUACAUGUUGAAUUUGACUAAAACGCAAGAGGUAGCAUUCUCCUUCCCACUGUUGAACAAUGUACUUUACGAAUCCGAAUUCGAAAGUCAAUUGUUCAUGUGUUUCGAUUCGAAUCGACGUCAACUCGUCGUUGGCGAUGCGUAUUCUGGCAACAGUUUCUACAAACUGAACAAAGGCGAAUAUACGAUCAAAGUUCAAGUUCGUCAUGAAAAGAAGGAUUUUCUGGAAAAAUUGAAUGAAGCCACGCUAACCGCGUCUUUCAAAUUGGCAUCGACAUUGAGCUUGGACAUCUACAGCUCAUACAAGGCUGCUCUUCUUGGUGAAAAGAAAGUGUCCUCACUCACCGUGCCAGCACUUCGGCCAGUACCGUUUUGGAUUGCUCCAUUGAGCGCUGAAAAAUUAACAAAGGCCGGUUUUGUGAGCCAAUGUGCAUGGUUGCAGGGUGUGUUGUCCACCUCAAAGGAUGAAACGGCUCGAAAGAUCGAUCAAAUCACUUUCGAUUACGUGUUACCCGAUGGACCGGCUGUUGUAAAGAAGAAUGGAUCAUCGAAAUCGAACAACAAAGAGGGCAAAAGCAAAUAUGAUGAAUACCUCGAAGGCUUGCGUGACUUCCAAAACGGACAGAUCUCCAAACUCGAAUUGGCCGAUGCCGAAAAGGUUUAUGCAAAUAUCAUCAAAGAUUUUCCAACCUACUUGACGGCCCACAUUUCGUUGAUUCAAAAGCUUGAACUGGCCGAAGCCAAAAACUCACUUCCGUUGAGUUUUAAGGCGUCGCUUGACAACACCAACGAUUUGGACACAUCACUGUCAACACUUAAACGGAUCGUCACUUUGGCCGAUGCUGUGAUAAACGGAACGAACGCCGAUGCUCUCUUAGCGUACUAUGGCCUCAAGACUGACAGCCGUCAAGAUGCCAACAAAAUUAAAACCGAUAUGGACAAGCAAAAAACCAAUCUUCUCGAUGCAUACGUUCGUAAAGUCAUCGCAUUGGGCAAAAUAAACUCCAUUGAAGCGAAACAAAUCGAAGCGGAUUCAACCAAAAAAGUAACAGCUGUCGCCGAUGAUAUCGAUUCCAUUUUCACUGAAGUGGGCAAAUUCACCGAUUACUAUGAUCAAAAGAUUAUCAUCUUGUCAUUAUGGCACGCUUACACCAAACAACAAUACGGUCGAAUGCUAAAAUUGCUGCAGAAAAUGAACGAAGAGAAGCCACAGCGUGACUACUUGGAGGAGAUGCAACACGUUGCCCGUGCCAAAAACUGGGACCACGUCGCUGAUAUUUUACAAAAGGUCACCGUUUCGGCUCAUCCAGCCAAUUACCGAUUGUUUUAAACAACAUUUUCCAACAGGAACAUUUUUGUUCUGAAAUUUUUGAAAAUUUGGAAUUGUUUUCCUUUUUUUGUCACCUUUUUGCAAUUGCACAAUAUUUGGUUUAAUCCGAUCUUCUUCUCUUUUUUUUCUAAUUGAAAAUUAUUCUGUUAAAAUGAAAUUUUUCAAUUUUUUCCUCUUAUCUAAACAUCUUGAAUGAUUUCUUUCUUUUUUCUUUCAAUAAAUACUGCAAAAUGAUAUAAAAUAACCGAGAUAUGAAAAGAAUAAAGACACUUUGAUUUUUUCCAUA